UGUCCGAUCGGAGUUGUUUAUUUAUUAUUUGGUUCAUAGCAUGCAUAGAGAUUAGAUAUGAAUCAGUAUGUUUCGUUUUCUCGCGAAUAAAACGUUAUGGCAAGAAAUUUACAUACGUUUCUGUUAAAAAAAUGCCAAAAUCCAGUUUGGAUACAAGCGAGAAAUGUGUCCCAGUAUUACACAAUUGAUGAACAUAUUUUUGGCCUGCAACCGGAACAGAUUCAGUUGAGAGAUUCGAUAUUCGAUUUCGCGCAAAAUGAACUCGCACCCAAAGCAAGUGAAAUCGACAGAACCAACAAUUUCGAUGACCUGCGGAGUUUUUGGAAAAAGUUAGGCGAUUUGGGCGCCCAUGGCAUAACGGUUCAUACGGACUAUGGAGGAACUGGUGGAACCUACACCGAUCACGUGAUUAUUAUGGAGGAAUUGUCGAGAGCCAGCGCCGCAAUUGCGCUCUCAUACGGGGCCCAUUCUAAUUUGUGCAUUAACCAAAUACAUCGAAAUGGUACCCGAGAGCAAAAGUUAAAAUUUCUACCCAAAUUAUGUUCUGGCGAACAUAUCGGAGCUUUGGCAAUGUCUGAACCCGGUGCUGGAUCUGACGUCGUCUCGAUGAAACUGAGGGCGGAUAAACGCGGCGAUCAUUAUUUGCUGAACGGGAACAAAUUUUGGAUAACAAAUGGACCGGAUGCCGAUGUUUUAGUCGUGUACGCAAAAACUGACCAGAAAGCAAAGAAAUCGAGCCAAGGAAUAUCGGCUUUCGUCGUCGAGAAAGGUUUCGAAGGUUUUAAAACUGGACCCAAAUUGGAUAAACUCGGAAUGAGAGGGUCUAACACUUCGGAACUGAUUUUCGAAGACUGCAAAAUACCUAAGGAAAACGUAUUGGGGUCGGAGAAUAAAGGUGUUUACGUCUUAAUGAGUGGCUUAGACCUCGAACGGCUAGUCCUCGCAGCCGGACCUGUGGGGAUCAUGCAAGCCUGUUGCGACGUAGCGUUCUCCUAUGCCCACGUGAGAAAACAAUUUAAUACCAGGAUAGGGGAAUUCCAAUUAAUCCAGAAAAAAAUGGCCGAUAUGUACACUACGUUAGGUGCCGCCCGAAGCUAUUUGUACAACGUUGCCAGAGCAUGCGAUCGCAACAAAGUCAACAGCAAGGACUGCGCGGGGGUGAUUUUGCACUGCGCAGAAAGAGCGACGGAAAUGGCAUUAGACUCGAUCCAGAUAUUAGGUGGGAACGGGUAUAUAAACGACUAUCCCACAGGAAGGUUUUUAAGGGACGCUAAACUGUACGAGAUCGGGGCGGGGACUUCGGAAGUGAGACGGAUGGUGAUAGGUAGGGCCAUCAACACAGAAUACUCGUAAUUUUUAA